UAACUGAGGAUAAGUCUUAAUUGAGCAGGGCUUUUGUUAACUGAGGAGAGUCUGAAUUCAGGCGGGCUUUUUGCAGCCACCUUCUUGACUCCAGUGGAAGGCAACCACUGCAAGGUCAGGAGAAAGGUUUACAAAGGAGAGUUGCAAGUCUUCCUCACUCCCAGCUGCUCCGAGUGACCCUCUUUGGGAGGCGUCCCGCCCUCGGCCUCCUACUUAAGGGCCCCUUCCUCCAGGGCUUGGCUGGGUCUUCCAAGGAUGGCUGAAGCCAUGGAGAGUUACGCCUACCCUUCGUACAACCCUUACUCCUAUCAUCGCUACCCGCCCCCGAAAGGCAAAGGGGGGCCGGGGUCCUGGAGGCAGCGAGGCGGCGGCGUCGGAGGAGGCGGAGGAGGGGGCUACUUCUCGGGCUACAACGAGACGGUGGCGGAGUACUUCGAGCACUACCAGCGGGCGCAGCUCAAAGCCUUGCUGUCGCAGGUCAACCCGCACCUGACGCCGCGCCUGCGCAGGGCCAACACCAAGGAGGUGGGCGUCCAAGUGAACCCGCGCCAGGACGCCUCGGUGCAGUGCUCGCUGGGGCCCAGGCCGCUCCUCCUCCUCCGCCAGCGGCAGCGGCAGCGCCAGGAGCAAGGCAGCGCGGUUAGCGGGGCCGCCAGGGCUGUGCGGUUCCCGCGCACCGUUGCCGUCUAUUCGCCCGUGGCUUCGCGCCGCCUCACCGCCUUCGUCGAAGAAGAAGAGGAGGAAGGAGAAGGGGACAAGAAGGAGGUGGACAAACAAGGCUCGGAGAAACCCCAAGGAGAGACCCAGGAGGAGGAAGGGAAGGAGGAGAAGCCGGAGAAGGAGGAGGAGCAGGCGGCGGGGAAAGCCGAGGAAGCCGCGCAGAGCAAGGCCCGAGUGCGCUUCCAGUUCCUAGAGCAGAAGUAUGGCUAUUACCACUGCAAGGACUGCAACAUCCGCUGGGAAAGUGCCUACGUGUGGUGUGUGCAGGGCACAAACAAGGUUUACUUUAGGCAGUUCUGUCGAACUUGUCAGAAAUCCUACAAUCCUUACCGUGUGGAGGAUAUUACCUGCCAAAGCUGUAAGCAGACGAGGUGUACCUGUCCUGUGAAACUGCGCCAUGUGGAUCCGAAGAGACCCCAUCGCCAGGACCUUUGUGGAAGAUGCAAAGGCAAACGUCUCUCAUGCGAUAGUACAUUUAGUUUCAAAUACAUUAUUUGAGCAAUAGCAAAGUCUUUUUUUGGCAGAAAGUUGGAAUAGAAGAGAUUUUCUUUAGAAGCAGCAGGCUGCGGCAAUGGAAAGCCUGCCAGUGGGCCUAUGGUAAAGCAAAGUCACAAGGCAACCUAGUGUCUACUUCAUUUGUUAAUAACCGUCCUAAAGGGAGAGAAUCUGCUUGGCAUUCUGUGACAAAACUAGAUUUGAUUUUGAUAUGGAAUGAACAAUUGGGAAGCAAGUUGAGGCUUUUUGGAGGCUUAGUUAAAAUCACCCGCACAGCCAAAAUGGGUCAGAAAGCUGCUGUAUUGAAACUAGUGCACCCGUGGGAUCCAAAAAGUGGAGAAUAGAAUUAUACACUAAAACCUCACAGUGUUCUAUGGCAGGCGAGAAAAAUGAAGACAAUGAUUGUAUCAAAAUACUAAGAUCCGAAGUCUCAUGCAACUGAUACAGAAAAGAGGAAAGGGGCACAUGUUGCCUAAUCCCAGAAACUGUAUGGCAGAGCCAUAAUGCCUCCUAAAGACUGUAGUGUAUACUUAAGUGUUGGAUAAAAUGGGACAAUUUAUCCAGGACCCAAGUUGUAGGCACAGACUUGGGGAGAUUUAACGGGUGUUUUCUUGAAAGCAUGCUUAGAUAAUUUUUUUUGGUGAGUGUUAAGGUGAAUCUUACUGCUGAACAUCAGUUUUGAGUUGUUGAAAUUUAUUUUGUCUUGAGGCCAAGAAGGAGAAUGUUAUGUGCCUUGAUAAACUUUAUCCAUUUAUGGAAUAAAUAGCUUUAUGUAUAAAUAGUAAA